AUGGUGCGUUCUAGUGGAUUACUCACUAGUGUAAAGGAUCCAGUGGCACUGAAGAGCAUUGCUGUGACUCUGUCCAUCAAGGAUUUUGUGGCGGGUGUGUCUGCAACCCUAAACUAUGAGAAUGAAGAGAAAUCUCCCUUGGAGGCCUUCUUUGUGUUCCCCAUGGAUGAAGACUCUGCUGUCUACAGCUUUGAGGCCUUAGUGGAUGGGAAGAAAAUUGUGGCAGAACUGCAGGACAAGUAUCAGGCUCACAAAAGGUAUGAAGAGGCCCUCUCUGGGGGAUAUCAGACCUACCUAUUGGAGGAAGACAAAUGUUCCAAGGAUGUCUUCUGUUGCAAUGUGGGGAACCUACAGCCAGGGUCAAAAGUGUCACUGACCCUGAGAUAUGUGCAAGAACUUCCCUUGGAAGAUGAUGGGGCCCUGCGUUACGUGCUCCCAGCCAUCCUGAAUCCUAGAUUCCAUCUCUCUGAGCAACGUGAGGACAGUUCCCUGGAUAUGAAGACCCCAAUAGUCCCUUUGGAGGAAUUACCCUACACACUCAGCAUGGAUGCCACCAUCAGCUCCCAGCUUGGUAUCAGUGCAAUCCAAUCCAACUGUCCCUUGAGUCCCAUUGAGUACACCGGAGAUAACAGGACCUCAGCUCAGGUUUCCUUGGCUGAAGGACACAAGUUUGACCGGGAUGUGGAACUCCUGAUUUUCUAUAGGAAGGUGCACAGCCCCAGUGUAGCUGUGGAGAUGGGGAUGUCUGAAAGGCCAUCAGACAGUUUAAUGGGAGCACCUUCUGCGAUGGUGAGUUUCUACCCAGAUAUCCCAGAAGUGGAGACCACAGCAAAAUGUGGAGAAUUUGUGUUCCUUAUGGACCGUUCAAGAAGCAUGAAUAGCCCUAUGAGUUCCAAGAACAAAUCUCAGCUGAGAAUAGAUGCUGCCAAGGAAACACUGAUUCUGCUCCUGAAGAGCUUGCCAAUGGGCUGCUAUUUCAACAUCUAUGGAUUUGGAGCCACCCAUGAGGAGUUCUUUCCGGACAGUGUGAUGUACAAUCAAGAAACAAUGCAGGUUGCAGUGAAGAAAGUAAAGCGUUUGUUGGCGGAUCUAGGAGGGACUGAACUUUUAACACCACUGCGGAAAAUUUUUAGGAAACCCCCCAUUCCAGGGCAUCCCUUACAGAUCUUUGUCUUCACUGAUGGAGAAGUUGUUGAAACUUUUAAUGUAAUCCGAGAAGUUAAGUUCCAGAGCAAAAAGCACAGAUGUUUCUCAUUUGGCAUUGGAGAAGGGGCCUCCACUAGCUUAGUCAAGAACCUUGCUCGGGUGUCAGGGGGCACUGCAGAGUUUAUCACAGGGAAUGACAGAAUGCAGUCCAAGGCCCUUAGAUCUCUGAGACGUUCUUUACAGUCUAUAGUAGAGGAUGUCUCUCUGAGCUGGAAUUUGCCUCCUAAGAUGUUUGCACCUAUGCUAUCUCCAGAACAAACUUCUAUCUUUAGAGGUCAAAGGUUAAUCAUUUACAGCCUACUGAUUGGAAAGAUACUAAAAGAAGAGGCAACUGGUGAAGUGUGUCUCUCAUAUACACUUCAAGGCAAAAGAUAUGAGGAAAAAGUGACAUUCUCUCUUCAGCCAAAGCCUGAUGACAACCUCACUAUUCACCGUCUUGCUGCAAAGUCCAUGAUCCAGUCCAAAGACUUUGGCUUCAAGGAGACAUCACUAAUAUUUAAAAGAGAUGUGUUGGAUAUCAGUCUAGAUUCUGGAGUCAUGAGCUCCUUCACAGCCUUUGUUGCCAUCGACAAGGAACUCAACGAGCCAAUCCAGGGGCCUCUGGUUCAUAGGGAUAUCCCAAGGCCAAGUCUCUUGGGUGCAGGUCCUAGAAGGCCCUCCGAUGGUUAUCCCAAAACUUUAUUCUGUGCCAGUGCUCCUGUAACUCUGCCUCCAUGGCUUAGGCAUUCAGGACAAUGUGCUGCUAUGAUACUCAUGCCAAAUGGUGCAUACCAACAGCCUCAGGACAACCAGAAAAUGAAAUGUGUGAUUCGUACAGAUACUCGCCCUGAGUUACCCCAUCUGGCUAAAUAUGACAGUUAUCCACAAGGGAGUAAGGAGCAUAAUAUUGCACAGCUGAUAUAUCUCCAGAAUGCAGAUGGCUCCUGGGAUAUGAAUGAGGAUUUAGCUAAGAUUCUAAGUACUAGUUUGGAAGACAUGACGGCUGUACACCCGACUGAGGUAUUGGAACCCUCGGGCUGGGCUACAAUGCUGGCUGUGAUGUGGCUGCAUGCCAAUGGCAAGGAAUUGAAGGAGGAGUGGGAGCUUCUGGAAAGAAAGGCUGUGGUUUGGCUUCACAAUAAUGCCGCUCGUGGUUUCACCAAGCUUAUGCGUACUGCCAACAAGUUCUUGAAGACAUCUUUGAGUCCCUCCAUCUUCAAAUUAUGA